UCACGUGGUGGGCGUUUCACACGGAUGGCGGAAGGGCAGGUGCAGCACCAAACCGAGCAGCAUUAUCACAACAACCGUUAUCAGAGCAGAGAGGAGAAGGCUCACCGAGACUGCAGACAGGCCUGCAGAUACGCUUUCUGAUAGAGGAACAUUAUCUUUAACCUUUUUGUCUGUCGGAGAGUCCGGAGGCCCGUCGACAUGGCUCUGAACCAGAACCACUCGGAGUCCGGCGGAGUCAUCAUCAACAACAGUGAAAGUGUGUUGAUGAACUAUGAUAACGUGGAGCUGGUUUUCUGCGAUGCGGACAGUCUGCCUGAGGCCUUCAAAAAGAGCAAAAAGGGUAGCAUCUACCUAACUCCAUACAGGGUGAUCUUUCUGGCUAAAGGGCGGGAUGCACUGCAGUCUUUCAUGAUGCCCUUCUACCUAAUAAAGGGCUGUGAGAUCAAACAGCCUGUACUGGGAGCCAAUUACAUCAAGGGUACUGUCAACGCAGAGCCUGGAGGUGGCUGGGAGGGCAAUGCUACGUUCAAGUUUGUCUUUGCUGCUGGAGGAGCUAUAGAGUUUGGCCAAUACAUGCUGCAGGUCGCAGCUCAGGCGUCAAGAGGUCAGCCAGUGACUCCUGGGUUUGGUGGAUGCCCCUACAUGGCCAACGGGGCCUAUGCUUACCCUCCUCCCCCUGCUAAUGGGAUGUACCCUGCUGGACCUCCACCCGGCUACUCCUACCCCAACCCUCCUCCACCAGGUGGAUUUUACCCCAGCCCUCCAGCGUUUGAAUCCUCUGCGGCCUACAUACCUCCACCUCCUUACUCUGCUUCUCUAGGCCAGCAGCCCCCACAUGACCCAGACCUCCCCUCAUCAGCAGCAGCGGAGGCCAAAGCAGCCGAGGCAGCAGCAAGCGCCAGCUGUGCCACGCUGCCUCCUACACAUGUGUACCUGCCACAGGACAAGCCUCCACCCUACUCCCCUCCAGAGGACAAGAAAAACCAGUAGACCUGCUUGAUCUCAACUUCAUUCCUCUCCGUCUCCUGUUAUCUCUAUCCUACUGGAUCACCUCGUUUCUCAUUCCAUUAACACAGGAACAUCAGGAAGGCCAAAGUUUUCCUUUUUAAAACGACUUCCUAUUUCUCAUCGUCCCAGUUGCCUUCCAACUCAUCCCUAACCUCCUUUUUUCCCCCAUUCCAUUGCUUUCCCACCUCAGCCUUUACCUCUGACAUUCCUUUUAAUGAUUCAUAUAUUGUAAUUGGCUUCUCUUCAAAAGCACCUUGAUGGAAAUUAGAAGUGUUGGUAGCAAUCUUUGAGAGAAAUGAGAAGAUUGUUGAGGCAGAAG